CAUGCGUAUUUGACGGAACACCAGAGACGUUAGUACCGGGAUUAAAACUGAAGCCAUUUGUGUUGGGUUAUUCUUAUUUUAAUUUGGCUUCCAACAAGCCUUAUAUAGGACAAAAUUAUGGCAAAACAAGAACAAGUAUUAAUGAUAGAGCCCCAACAUGAACUAAAAUUUCGAGGCCCAUUUACGUCACCUGUUACUUCUUAUAUGAAAUUAACGAACCCAACAGAAAAGAAAAUUUGUUUCAAAAUUAAAACAACAGCACCAAAGAAGUACUGUGUACGACCAAAUUCAGGAGUGCUGGAUGCGAAGGGACUAAUCGAUGUUGCAGUUAGUCUACAACCAUUUGACUUUGAUCCUAAUGAAAAAAAUAAACAUAAGUUUAUGGUUCAAACGAUGAUUGCACCAGAUGGGGAAAUAAAUAUGGAUUCACUGUGGAAAGAUGUAAAUCCAGACAACCUAAUGGAUUCAAAACUGAAGUGUGUGUUUGAAAUGCCUGUGGAUCCAGCAGCAACAGCACCACAAGAAAACAAUGUAGAUGUUUCACCAGCCAUUCAUGAGGAGAAAGCAAAGAGGACUGGAGAUGGUGCUAAAGCAUCUCCCAAGCCUAGUACCAUUGUGGAGGGUGAACUCAUGAAGGCUGCUGCAGAAGUGAAACAUUUACGAGAAGAAGAGAGCUCAUUGAGGCAAGAAAAUCUGCAGCUAAAGGAGGAGCUCCUUAGACUGCGCCGUUCAGCUGCUGUGGCUGCAGCAGACUCAUCUCCACCCAUCCUGGCAUCUGGAACUACUGUUAUUCCGCCCCCUCUUCCCAUGAUGUAUGUAGUGAUUGCCUUUGUCAUGGGACUGAUUGGGAUCAUCCUUGGGAAGUUCAUGCUCUGAAUGUCCCACUAUAGCAGCACUAUACAGCAAAUUUGUGAGUCAGUCUGUGUGUGCCGCUCUCCUACCUUUCUUCCUUUCAAGUCCAUGUUAUAAUUUCAUUUUCUUUUCCCUUCAUUUUCAGGUCACAUGCAUCCCCUCCUAUGAGUUUGUCUCAAGUAACCGUGACACUUCUCCUACCACACAUCUGUUCUAGUUUUGUACAUUAUUUUUCUUUCAGUCCUUGGUUUUUGUGUAUGGAGAAAGGAAGCUGGGUUUGGAGAGAAAAUCUUUAAUACUUGUUUAUAAGCCAAGACACUUUGCCAUUCAAAGGUGUCCCACACUUUUGACUAUGUGUUAACUUUGUGUAGGCGACUCACAUUGAAUGGCUUACCAAUGUUUGUACAUAAUGUGUUGUAUAUGGAAAAUAUAGGGCAAAAUUCAUCAGCAAAGUAGCACUGUUUGGAGUCAGAUUAGGAGGAAAGUGCACCUUUAAUUUAACAUAUUGCUAGACUUGGGCUGUGUGAAGCAAGUUAGACUGUUCAUAUGUAGAAUAAGCUUUUCCAGGCAGCAAGAUCACAUCAUCCAAAUGCUUGUUCUUUCCUGUAUAUUUUUUCCCCCUACUUAUAUAAUAGUAUUCCCAGUUCUACAUAAUUGUUAAUUGUAAAGAGACUGAUGUUUUAUGAAACUACUCUGGGAUGGAUUCAUACCCACACUGUAUUUCAAAGAAGGUGUUCUUUUUAACAUAAAUUGAAUUUCUGUACAUUUAAACCUGAAACAUGACAUUUGGUGGUCCAGAAAUGGCAAAAUAAAAGCAACGAUUUUUAUGGCCUUCUCUGAA